GGCAGCGCCGAGAGCGCCGGGGGAUCCCGUUAUCAUGUCGCUGAGACAGCGCCUGGCCGCGCUGCUGGUCUGCCUGCGGGACCCGCAAAAAGUGGCCAGCUUCCAGCGGCUGUGCGGGGUGGAAGAGGCGCGGCCGGCAGGGGCAGACGCUCCGCCGCGGAGAGAGCCGGGGACGGCUCCGGAGGACAGGGGCAGCCGCAAUCUGGAGGGCGGCGGGGGCAAGCUGCGAGGCUGCGGCGCCCGGAACGGCGUGAGGAAUGGGCUGCCGGAGGCCGGCGGGGACCCGGCCACGGCCACGGCUACGGCCACGGCCACGGCCACAGCGGGGGAGCGCGGGAGCAAGGCUACCCUCCACAACAGAACGCAGGGUCUGCGGCGCAACUCCCUCACCGGGGAGGAAGGGGAAGUGUACGGAGUGCGGAACUGGCUCCUCUUCUACUUGUUCUCCUUUGGCACCGAGUUGGGCAACGAGCUCUUCUACAUCACCUUCUUCCCCUUCUGGAUCUGGAACCUGGAUGCCCUGGUGGGCCGGAGGCUCGUGGUCAUGUGGGUCCUGGUCAUGUACCUGGGCCAGUGUGCCAAAGACGUCAUCCGAUGGCCCCGGCCCGCGUCGCCGCCCGUGGUCAAGUUAGAGGUUUUCUAUAACUCGGAGUACAGCAUGCCCUCCACCCAUGCCAUGUCUGGCACAGCCAUUCCCAUCUCCCUUGUCCUCCUCACCUACGGCCGCUGGCAGUAUCCUCUUAUGUAUGGACUGGUUAUUGCCACCUGCUGGUGUUCUCUGGUUUGCCUAAGUAGAAUUUACUUGGGAAUGCACUCCAUUCUGGACAUUAUUGCUGGAUUCCUGUAUGCUAUUUUUAUCUUAGCUGUCUUCUAUCCAUAUGUGGAGCUGAUUGAUAACUUCAACCAAAUUUAUAAAUAUUCUCCACUAAUUAUCAUCAGUUUGCAUUUAGCCCUGGGGAUCUUUUCCUUCACCCUUGACACUUGGAGUACAUCACGUGGAGAUACAGCUCAGAUCCUGGGCAGUGGUGCAGGAAUUGCAUGUGGAUCUCAUAUUGCUUACCACAUUGGUCUAAUGUCAGAUCCUCCUCUUGAUAUAUUACCUUUAACUAUUCCCUCCAUCACCGUGACUCGUUUUGGAAAAGUCAUAUUACGGAUUCUAAUAGGAAUGGUAUGUUUGUUACUAAUGAGAAUUGUAAUGAAAAAGAUCACUAUCCCAUUAGCCUGUAAAAUGUUUGGUAUAAAAAGUGAUGAUGUUCGAAAAGCAAGACAGUGCAUGGAAGUUGAACUUACUUAUCGUUAUAUAACCUAUGGAAUGGUUGGCUUCUCUAUCACAUUUCUGGUUCCUUGCUUAUUUUUCUUUAUUGGCCUUUCUUGAUGGCCUGUCACUUAGAGGAAGGAUGGCAGUAUGUGACAAUAAUUCUGAGGCAAAAGUCAGAUCAAUGCUUUUGCAGGAAUUUUACUUCAAUAAGUAUUUAAGUGAAUGUAAAACAGACAGUGCUUUUUACCACUGCAUCUGGAUAUUGUUUUGGAGAAUGCUGAACAAUUUCAACAUGGAGAAAGUUAUGGAUAUCCCUUAAGUAUGAUGUUUUGGGGUGUUUUAUUGCUAUGUAUAAUUCGGGUUAUAGAUCUACAUAUAAUAUAUAUUUAGGUACAUAAUACAUAUUUAUGUAGCUAAUAUAUAUUAUAUGUGAGUCUUAAUAAACUAUGGGGCUGUAUAAAUAAACAUAAAUAAUAUGCAUACAGUUAUGCCUUUGUAUUUGGAUUUAACCCAGGUAUGUUGUGAUAACCUGACAAAAAAAUUUCCUUUAUCUAGAAUGUGAGCCAUUUUCUAAUUUAAUUAUAUCGUUAAUGAAAACAGAAUUAGUAUGCAAACCACUUAUCUGUUUAUUGCCUCCUCCUACCACCUUUCAUGCUAUACUUACUGAUCUACACAGGAGGCAUUUAAUGGACCAAAUUUGAAGUAAAAUUAACUUUUGCAUUCAAAA